GGAGGAGGAGGAGGCGGAGGCGGCCGCCGGUCGGCGAGGCGAUGGCGUCGUACAUGGGCAGCCGGACCCUCAGCAAGGACGACGUGAACUACCGGCUUCACUUCCGCAUGAUCAACGAGCAGCAAGUGGAGGACAUCACGCUGGAGUUCUUCUACCGGCCGCACACCAUCACCCUGCUCAGCUUCACCAUCCUCAGCCUCAUGGCCUUCGCCUUCACCAGGUGGGAGAAAAGGGUUGGCGGGCGGGCAGCGCUGUGGGGAGCCGUGUUGCCCCGAGAGGAGAAGCUCGCUUGGGGGAGGAGAAGAAGAAGAGGAGAAGCCCCCCUGGGACAAAGUAGGGGCUGCGGUGGGUGGGGAUGGCGACGGUCAGCCCUGCUGAGGCGGAGAAGGGCUUGGUCCGGUUCACCACCCGAAUGAGGAAAUCUCUCACGAGUCCUUAUGUUCCUCCAGGGAAGAAAGAUGGGCUGCGGGCGCCAUCGGUUCUUCCUAUGCACGUUUACCGAGAUGUAAGUUCCACGAAAAACCCUCAAAAAAUUAGGCAAGCCCCCCCCCCCUUUAUCUGAGAAAACACAGAAUUGCAAAAAAGUACCCUUUUUCUGAUGAAUUUGCAAACGUGUCAAAAUCAGUGGAAGCAGCAGAAAUUCGUUUUCCUUAUUCUCCCGGUGUUUAUUUGCUUACUUAUUCCCCCCAUCGAUCAACAGUAAUGGAUCCUGAAAGGUAUUUAAAUAGGUAGCAUAUUCAUUCAUAAAUGUAAAUUCGUUCAUUUCCCCAGAUGCAUCAACCCAAUUGAUGGAUUCAAAAAGGUAUGGAAGAUGAAUUUGUUUAUAAAAAAGAAUUCAUUCAUUGGUUUCCCCAGUAUACCCAAUGAUCAACAACCAGCCAAUCAAAUUGAACAAAAUACAAAUUGACACCCCCCCCAGUAAACUCAGUUGAUGUAAUCCUUAACAGAAUAAAAAUGAAAACUUUAAUUCCUGCUAGCGUAAUAUAUUCCUAUGUAUAGAAUCAGCGUUACCAGUUGCAGACUUCAAUGAAAUCCCUAAUCCCUAAAAGUAAAGCUUUUUAUGUAUACAGUUAACUUGUUUGCAGUUUUUAUUUAUAUUUAUUUGUAUUUAUUUAUCUUUAUAAGCCAGCGAGCUUGAGCAACAAAUGCUAUUCAGAACAACAGCCAGCACCAAAAGAUCUGCACACCAAAUGACCAGAACACACACAACAUAAUUGGGCAACCCCGGUCCACAGAAUUUAUCCCAACAAAGCACUAUAAACCACCUCCAAUAAUGCUAAAACUAAGGCAUCUGAAUGCAAUUAUGAAUUAGGAUGCAGAAAUCCUGCUAAUGGUCCACUGCAUGAAGCAUGUUAAAAUCAAAUUAAGGGCCCAUCAAUAAGUCCUAUGUAUAGAAGACCAAGAAACCCCGGCACAACGAGUCUCUGCAGACAAAGCUGGGAAGGCAAACAUAGAAAACUAAUGUGUUCCUAUGCCUUGCUGUUGGGCUCUUCUAAGCACUAAGGAAGGAAAGCAAGGAAGCUUACAGGCCAAAGCAGCUGAUUCACGUUCCAACACUUUCCAUGGGGUGCGAGCUCUUCAGCGACAAUGUAGCACAUGUGGAGAUGCCACUGCAAAGAGGAGGGAGGCUGAGGAAAUCAAUGCUGGUUAGAGGGGCAUUACUUGUGGACCCAUUGGGGUAACUGUGGUCCCUGGGGGUCUGCAGCCCACAGGUUGGGAACCAUGGCUCUAGUAGACUAGGCAAGAAAGGCCUGAGAGUGAAAUAUGUGGAGCAGAAUCAGAAUGCCAAGCUAGGCAUAAGAAAAAUCCUUCUAACUGGCCAGCUAUCUAGAAGUUCAUUUAGAUUCAUACGUUGUUGGACAUGGUAAUUUAAUGUAUGCUCCCUUUAUGUAACUUUGCAAAUAUGCUGGGAUAGGUUUAGUAAACAGAGAACCUUCUGAAGUUUUCAUUCCCCACCCUGUUCUUGUCAAAGCAUGCUUCUAGCAAUUACUUCCCUCUCAAAUUCAUAAAGCUACUCAUGGGAAAGAGGUUUGUUUUUUAAGUAUCUUACAGCACUAGCUGGCAGGUGUUUUGAAUUGUUUCCCUAGGGCAAAGUACAUCUGAUACACUUCUUACAAAAGUAUUGGUCACUUCCUGAGCUGUCGGGCUUUCUGGAUAAUUUAUAACUCUUCAUUUAUUUAAUUUGAGGUGGUUUUAGGGCCCUUUCAAUUUCACAAAGUUCCUACAUGGAGUUGCCUUUCAUAUUAGAAUUAGUGUCAAACUGCAGCAUGUAGACCAUAGCACAUAAGAGUUUUCCAUCUCUUUAUGUAGCUUUGUGUGCCAGUGGAUCGCUGUCACCAAUCACAGUUUCAUACUAUACAUAAUGCAGUGAAAAAGCCAUGAAUGCAUGUGAUCUGUGCGUACACCUUUUGUACUAGUUUCAGGGCUGCUAUACUAUGCUAAAAUGUGAUGAAGUGACUAUAAAUAGUAGGCAUCAGUCUGCAGGAGAGAUGGGAGAUGCUAAUUAAGAACGCUAAUCGAUGUGCAUUGCCCAUAUAGCACCUUUCUGAAAAUAGUUGAGCUGAACUGCUUCAAAAAACGACAACACAGGAGGAUGUAUAGACACAACUUUCAGUGCAUGGUUGUGUUAUGUUGGUGUAGUUCGUUUCAAUGAAGCAUAAGUUUAAGAAGAUGAGUACCUCAUCAGGGUACAUUAUAAGUACCGGUGAUAUACAGAGACUCUUUCCAUGAGUCUGGCUAAGACCAGCAGCUAAUUGGCUCCUCUAGUCCCGGGCUGUGAACCCACAUUUAAAGCACAUUAUCCGCCCCCCCCCCCAAAUCCCGGGGACUGUAGGGUCAUGGGAAUUUGAGGAAUGAACUAGAGUUCCCAGGAUUCUUUGGAAGAAACAAUGUGUUUUAAAUGUAUGUUGUAUAUACAACUCUAGAGUGUCUCAGUCAACUCCACAACUAUUUUAUGUGGCUUUUAUAAAGAGAUGAUACUGUGAGCCCCUCUUCCCUGGCCCGGCUGGGACCAGCUGCAUUUAUUUAAUUAUAAAAACUAUUUAUAUAAUGCUAUAUCAUAAAAAAUAGCAAAGUGUUUACAACAGUAUCUUUACGCAAUAAAACCACGCAAAAAUUUGAAUUUGGAGACAGUCUAUUUACUAUUACAGGAAUAUAUAUUUUCUUAAUUGCCUGCAUAAGCUUGCUGACAUAGAAAACUUCUCAGCAGGCAUUUAAAGGUUAAAAGAGAAGGCACCUGCUGAAGCUCUAUUGGCAGAGGAUUCCACAGGAAUUAGCCGGCUUGGUUAUUGUUGCUGUCAGAUGAAUCUUGCCAACUUGGGGGACCAGUGAUGCUCCUGCAGAUGAUCUCAGUGAUCAAGCUGGAGAUGUAAGGGCUCAGGUUUCUUCCCUCACACAACUACCUCAUUUAUUUGCUUAUUCCUUCCUCUCCCUUGCUGCCCUUUCCCUUUUGAAAUUUCUUUAAAUGCCUGUUGCUUUUCUCUGGGGGGAAAAAUUCAAACCUCCUUCAGAAUGUUGUUGAAGGCAAUUCUAGUGAUAUCCUUUUAUGCAAAUGAACUUUCCAGACCAUCCUCUCUUAGUGGAUUUUCACCUUUCUGGUGAUAAUGUGUGUUUUGAUUUCUUGGAUUUUACUUUAUUGCUGAUGUUUGGAUAUACGGUUCCUAUGUCCUUCAGAGAGACUGUCACGGCUUCGUUGUCACUAGUUGUUAGUGUUAAUAAUAGGGGUGGCCAAUUUUGGUAUGAAUUUUCUGUAUGAAUGAAACUGGGAAAAUAUUUUGCUAUACCUUGAUUAAGUUGGGCAGGGAUCUGGUGGCACAAGAAGUCUGAGUUUCCUACCUAUGCCUAGAAGCAACUGGCUAAAGUGCUGGACUGGGUGGACCAAUGGUAAUACCCUGUAGGACACUUCUUAAAAAUUGUGCCCAGAUCUGCCAGUCGGCCAUCCCUAGAAGCUUAGAUUUAGAUUUGCAAAGGACCAUGGAUGCCAUGUAGUCCAGCCCUCUGCUUAAUGCUGGAUUCAUCUUGCCUUCCCAGAUGGGCAGCUGUCCAGCAUCUGUUUAAACACCUUCUGUGAAGCAGGGCUCAUUACCUCUUGAGCAAGUCUGUUCUGCUGUUGAACUGCUUGUACUUUGAGGGUGUUUUUUGACGUUUUGUCGAAAUCUUGUUUCUCUCCAAUUUCCACCCACUAGUUCUGGUCAUGUGCUUUGGUGCUACAGAGGCCAAUUCUGCUCCAUUGCAACAGGUUUGCCUGAUGUUUAUUGUUCCAACCAUUUCCCUGCCCUGAUGUUUAUUGUUCCAAGCCUGUGCCAUGCACCACGGAAUCCCUGGCAGAGAGGUUGCACGAUUAAGGAACAACCAGAAGCACAAGGGUAUUAGCCAAAGGCAGAGCUAGGAAGCAAAGAUGUUUCCCCUCCUGUGUUUGCCUCAUAAAGCAAAUAUGGAGCAGAGACGAUGACGACAAAUUGCUAACUUACCAGAUGCAUGGUCAUUUUGACAUCUAAUUUGUCUCUAAUUUUGGAGGCUGAGAGUGUCUAGGCUGAUAUUUUAAGCUAAUUUACAUUAUGCAUUGUAAUAGCACAAGACUACCCUUCCAGCCACACCUGUCUUGAUGUGAUGCCAUGACCACAUAUCAAGAUUAUCCUCUGUUUUGAUUCAUCAUCAGUUAUGGAAGUGGAGCAGGGGAGAGUUGUUUUUCUGUAGAUCAAGAUAAUAAUCUAAGCUGAUGAUUUGGCAUUGAAACAGUUUGAACUGGGUUCCUCCAUGCGUUUCCCCAUCUUCCUAAAUUGCCUCAUGUCCAGGUUUUUUGGUAAGCCUGAAGUUCCUGUUUCACCCUCUCCUCUGCUUCUGUGGCCCUAGUGCAUAUGUCGCUGAACUGCUACACCCAUCAUCUCUAACUGUUGGCUUUCUUGCUUCCCGGUUGGAGUGUCCUGAGGCUGCUUUCUUUUAAAACAAAGCAUUAGGGAAAUGUUAACCAACACCUGCGUGUAAUGCUAGGUUGGCCCUGCAUCACCUUUUCCACCUCAGAUUACUUACAUUGGGUGCUAAACAAGGACGUGACAGAGUGAGUGUGUUAGCAGAAAUUCAGAGAAGUGUUCUUAAGAUGAAUGCCGCCAUGGUCAUGACCUCUUUUUUAAAAAAUACUUUAAAAUCUUGCCUCUGUCUUAUGCACGUUGCUUCAAAGAGCUUAAAUAUGUGUCAUUGUUCUAUCUCUUAAUGUAGCUGAGAACCCGUAUCCCUUGGUUACUAUUAAAAGCAUUUGGCCUUCAUUUCUUUGAGAAUUUUCAUGGUGAAAAUAAGUGCUAAUGUUAAUAACAGUAAUAGUUUUGCUUUCUUUGAAACCCUCUAUAUUCUUCCUUUAUCACAGCUUGAGGUGGUUUGCAAAAUCAUAGAACAACUAUAAAGCAAAGCCAAACCUAGUGGGGAAAAUAUAACAACAGAAGGGAAAAAAAUCGAAAUAGAUUAAAUCUACAGGUUGAAAGCAAUCGUCUUCUAUUUUUCCUUCUUUCAAGGUGUGAAACACAGAUGAGAAAAGUUUUUUAUUUUUAUUUAAAUAGAAAGCACUGGAAUUCACUGUCAUAGAAGAUGGCAUUUGGAGCGCAGUUCUUUCUGAAUAAGUGUGUGAGAGCUCAUAAAGAUAGUCCCCAUUUUUGUUAUUUAUAAAAAGAAAUUUUAUAUCUUGUAUACUGAUUUAAUGCAAAGCUGGGGUUGCUUGGAGCCACAAUACUUUUCUAUAGAGAAGAGCUAGGGAAGAAUGUAAAUUCAAGUGCGGGAUUGCCCUUGCCUAACUCAGUGGUAAGUCUUCUUGGCACAUAUGAUGCAAAUAGUCCAAAACAUUAUGGGGGUUGUUUAUUUUACAAAUUUAUGAACUGCCCCAUAGCCUACAAACACUGAAGCGGAGUGCAACAAGAUGAAAAUAAUACACACACAAAAUUUAAAAACCAAUAAAGCUAUUUCUACAGAUGUACUGUUAAUAUUUCACAAAUGACUGGGUCAUACCUCAGGGAAAGCCUUCUUAUCUGAAAUAACUUUUGGUAGGCACCUGAACAUUAUGACACUUGGGUCUAAUUUCAGCUGGUAAUUGACUCCCGAGGGCUGGAGCUGUGAUACUAAGAGCCCAGUUUCUAGUACAAACUGAGUGCACCUCUGUGGCAUGUCUUAAGUCUCAGAAGUGCCCUGUAUGAGGAACACAGUGACCAGGCAGGAAUACUCCUGGGGCGAGGCAGUCCCUUAGGUAACCUGGUCCCAAGCUGUUUAGGACUUUAAAUGCUAAAAGCAAAACCUUGAAUUGAACCUAGUAGCAUAUUAGCAGCUAGUGCAGCUCCCUCAGCAGAGGUUUUACACAGUGUCAAUGUGGGUUCAGCCCAAGACAGGCGCCACAUAGAGUGCACUGCAGUCCCAUAAUCCUGUCUUGAGGUUACCAGUGCCAAGACCGCAGUGUCCAAACUGUUUUAGUCCAGGAAUAGCCAUAGCUGUCUUAUCAACCAAAGCUGGUGAAAAGCAGGCUUAGCCUAGACAAAGACAUGUCUGGGAGCACCCCCAGGCCGUGUAUCUGUUCUUUCAAAGAAAGUGCAACCCUGUCUAGAACAGGUAACUAACCCUUCUGCUAGACAUAGGAACCUCUUUGCAACAGGGCCUCUGUCUCGCCAAGGUUUAAAUUCAGUUUGCUGAUCCUCAUCCAGCCCUCCUGUGUACCCAGACACUGAUCCAAAAGCUUCCCAGCCAGUCCUGAUUCAGAUGUUACAGAGAAAUGGAGAAAUGUGUUAUCAGUUUACUGGUGACACUUUGAUCUAAAUCUCCCAAUGCUCCCAGCAGCUUCAUAUAGCUGUUAAAUAGCAUUGGGGACAAAAUAGGCCCCAAAGGAACCCCAUAAUACAAAUGCAAGGGUUCUAAAGGGCAUUUCUCCAAUGCUACUCUUGGGAACUGAUCCUUCAGGUAGGAAAGGAAUAGCUGUGAAACAGUGCCCCCACAACUUAAGCCUGCAACAUAUGUGGGGUGGGGGUGAGGAACUGCACCUAGAGCCAAAAUGGUAUAUGGUCAAAAUGCAUUGUGUACAAUGGCAGGUGGGAUUGCCAAAGUCUUUUCCCUAGACGCCCACCCUCUUUAAUUUUGUAAGAUUCCGCCCCCCCAAGCUCAUAAAGCUGAAUGAGCACAAGUCAAAUGUGCAGAAGUUGCGGGCUUGACUCUGUUAGAAAGUGUUUUAUUUUAUGCUUUAUUGCUGUGAACUACUUUGAGCUCAGUUUAGUUGUUGGGAAAGGAGCAUACAAAGAUUAAAUCAAGCCUGCUAUGUUCAGUGGAAUUUACUCGCAGAUAAAUGUGCAUAAAAUUGCAGCCUGAAUCUCCUAUGUUGUUGUUUUAAUUACCAACUUUUUCUUUUUAGGGAUGAUUCAACCCCGGAAGACAAUAUUUGGAAAGGCAUCCUUUGUGUGAUCUUCUUCUUUCUAAUCAUCAGUGUUUUAGCCUUUCCGAAUGGUAAGUAACUCCACAAGUAUUUCUGUGCCGGUUUUUUUCUACAACUCCUUUUGCAGAUAGGAGAGCAAGGUAAACACAAAGGUGCUUGGGGGCUUUGGGAGCAAACUGUUUUAUGGGUACUCUGGUUUAAUAGUCUAUUGUUUGCUCUGAGAAUGGUCCCAGUCUCUCUUAGACUUUCACCUCGAUAAGGGAUGGUCCCUGGAAGAGCAUCUUGUGCAGUGCCAAGCUGCAAAACAAGGCAGUAACAUAUACUCCAGAGUAUACUCUUAAAAAGGAAUGAAAGAUGAGUCUAAUUUCCGUGAGAUACUAGUAGAACAUACGUUGUUGGGCAACCGUGCAAUUGCAGUUAGUAAAUAAAUAAAGUCUUGCGUGCUAGAGUUUUCUUGAUGGACACAGCAUAUGCAGUUUCAGGGUAAAAAAGGCAGCUCCCAUAGAAGAGCCUUUCCCAACCCGGUGCCUGCUGUAUAGCAUGAGCCUCAUAAUUUCAGGGUUGUGGGUUCGAACGCCACGUUGGGCAAAAGAUUCCUGCAGUGCAGGAGGGGUUGGACUAGGUGACCCUUGUGGUCUCUUACAAUUCUACAAUAUGGUUUGGACGGUAACUGCCCUAAUUUAUUUACUGGCUGUGGCUGAUGGAGUCCCAUUUGGAUGACCCCAGUUUAGGGAAAGCUGAGAUAGAGCCUUUUUUGUUGUCUUCUGUUGAUGUGUUUUAGUUAUGUUUAUAUGCUUUAAUUUAUAAAUAUGCAAAUUGCCUCUUGAUACCCUUCCCAAAAAGGGAUGUUCUUGCUUUCUCCCUUCCUGUGCUGUGGGUGCUGCUUUCCUGAAGGAGAGGUGGUAGGAAACAGCAUUCUGGGUGGGAAAGGUGCUUGACAACUUUUUCCCUACUUCCCAGCAAAAGCCAGUUUGGAACAAUAUUUAACAGAAAUAACAUGCAUUUUUACUGCUAUCUUAAAAAGAUUUGCAAUUAGGGCAUUUUACAAUUGAAGCAACUUUGUUCCAUCUAAAGAAAAUGAGUUUAAAAUUUCUAAAUCUUUUGUUCUUAUGAUUAGUCGUGUGAAAUAAUGUGAGCCCUUUCUUUGACCUCUUCAGCAAAGAAAAUGAAUUUUAAAAAGAAAGAGGGGGAAAAGCUACACAUAAGUGCAUGAUAAUCGAGGAGGUGCUCUGAUAUGGGGUGAUUAAAUGCAAAUAAAAUGUGUGAUUGCACACAUGCCUACCUGGAUGUAAGCCUCCUUGCAAAUCCAUAUGCCCUGCUCAAAAUAAAUAUGUUUAGAAUCAGAGCAAAACAAUUGUGUUGUUUCAUUUUCUUGUGUAAUAUGGGGGUAACUCCUUAUGUUGAAUCAGGUCAAUGGUCCAUCUAAAUUAAUAGCAGCAUUUCUCCCAAGAUUUCCAACAGAGUUCCAUUCUGCACCUAUUGGCACUUUAGCUGGAAAUGCCAGGAAUUAAAACUGGGACCAUUUUAUAUGCCAAGCAUGUACACUACUGUUGAGUUGUGGCAACUUCUGAGUUGAAACUGAAGAGGCUCAAGGCAGCUUCCUAUUAGCCUUGAGGCACUAACAGCUUGAUUUUUCAAUGCAUGCUUACUCAGAAGUGAAUCUCACUAUAUUCCAUGAGGACUGCAGCCUGAGAUGUUCUCAUCAGUUUUCCUUUUCUACUGGACAGUGAUUGAUCAGCCCUCGCCCCCAUGCAAAUGUAUCCCUCAAGAUGCCACUUACCGUAUUUUUCAUCCCAUAGGGCGCACCGGCCCAUAGGACGCGCCUAGUUUUUUGGGGGGGAAAUAAAGUAAAUUCCCCCCCUUUAUUUCCCCCCCAAAACCAGGUCGGGGAAUCCAAACCAGGUCGGGGAACAGCGGGAUGGCGGCGCUGCGCCUCCCCGCUGUCCCCCGAGCUUGUGGGGCUGCCCGAUGUCUUCCCGAAGCGCCGGGUGCUCUGCUUCCAGUGCACCCCGUGCUCCGGGAAGCAGGUUGCAGAUGUCUUCCCGAAGCGCCGGGCGCUCUGCUUCCAGCGCGCCCCGCGCUCCAGGAAGCAGGCUGCUAUCCGCAGCCUAGGGAGCCCUGCGGGAACUCCCGCGGGCUCCCCAGACUUGCUGAUAGCUUCCUGAAGCCUGGAGAGCGAGAGGGGUCGGUGCGCACCGACCCCUCUCGCUCUCAAAGCUUCAGCGAAAGCCUGCAUUCGCCCCAUAGGACGCACACAGAUUUCCCCUUCAUUUUUUGGGGGGGGGGAGUGUGUCCUAUAGGGCGAAAAAUACGGUAUUUUAGUGGCAGAAACAAAAAGGGGAGGGGAAUAAUAAAGUAGACACAGCACUGGGGUGGGCAACAAAGGACCCUAAUGGGGAAUGGGGUUGUAAAACACCCCUCCCUGGUUGUUAGAUCAAUCGUUUGGAGAGCAGAGAGGGAAUGAUAACCUGGAUUAGCUGAACUGGGGCAGAGAACACCUGUGCAAAAGUGUGGGGUUGGGCGCACCCCCUUUUGGCCACCUCUGUGUUGGUAUGCAGCCCCAGAAGGUUCUUCAAGUGUAAAUGUGACCUUUGGGCCAAAUAGAGGUUAGCCACCUCUGGACUAGGCUAACUUGCUAUGCAGUUCAUCCCACAAGCAUUGUAUUUUUAAAUUUGAGACCUGGGUUCACAUCAGAAGGUCCAUACUGCAACUGUUAUCCCUGUUUAUCAACUAAAAGAGGGUGGUUUGUACCUAGGUAAACUGCUGAGACAGGAAAGGGAAGUCGCAUCCCAUAAAUCUUGCUUAACUGAAACCCAGUGUUCAGUUUUUCAAUACCUUGCGCCUGCCCCUCUUACUGGAAACAUUAGAGUGAUCUCAUUGUGUCUGGUAUGGGAAUAGAUAGUAGCCGUGGUCAUUAUCUGCAGCAGAUGGUAACUGGCUUUCUUCCAGUAAAAGCAACUGUGUAUAGUAACUGUUUGGUGUGAAUAAAGUUGAUUGCGCUCUCUGACUGAAGCUAUAGCUGAAUUCAGUCCUGGGCAUUUUUGGCAAGAGACAGAAUAUCAGGGAAUGCUUGCACAGGGAGAUGGAGCUGCUCCUAAGAGGACUUGUUCCUGCUCCUCUAAGACUGGCCCAGUUCCCUUGCCCUGAUUGUCAGUACUGCCUUGGUAACCAGGUUACAAGAGAAGCAUUUAGCAGCAGCCAGAAUACCUUCCCAGUGUGGCGCUGUUGCUGGGGGGUUUCAGAGAAGCAUCCACUCCAUCAUCUGAACUGCUGAUUUAUCAAACGAUGUCUGAUACCCUCUAGGAAUAAUUGGGAUUGCACUGGGCUACAUUUUUACACAGAGGGCACUGAGCUAUAAGUUACAAAGCCAGGCACCUGAUAAAUGCAGACAUAAAUAACUCUAAUGCAAAGACUGCAAAGUUGAGCAGAUGUGUGCCUUCGGACACCUCACGUUAAGCUGCUUUGAGCCAUAUAAUCUGGAUUUGUAUUUGAUCUCAGUAGCGUCUCUAAAAGGUAUUGAUUUCAGUGGUGUAGCCGAGAGGAACGAUUUUCCACCCGAAUUCAACCUGUGUGCAUGGCACUUGAUAUCCUUUGUGGUAUCUAAUGACUGGCGUGCUGGAAGUUUUAAGUGGCCUGCCCGGCGUGCCCUUCCUCCAGUUUUGCCAGUCACCUAGUUCCUUUGCUACAUGAAUUCACACUAUUUUCAUUCAAGCUCCUGUGUACCCUAUUUGGAACAAACCACAGAAUAGGAAAACUAGCUUUUUACAAAGUGACUUGAAAGUAAAUCUCAGAAAUGGCGGAGAUAAAAUUUGUGGGCUCAGGACUAAAGUAUUGUUAGUUUUACAGCACAAUCCCAAGCAUAUUUACUCAUAAAUAAGUCUCAUUGUGUUAACAGGGACUUAACUCCUAAGUAAUUGUGUUUAGGUUUGCAGCUUUAAAAUAGUGCAUAUAUUCUGUGAUUGGGCCUCCAGGCUUUCAUGGGGAUCCUAGAUUAGUAACCUGCUUUGAACUGUCUUUAUCACAAUCUUGUGCUACACACAUGCUUGUUCCUGCUCUCCAUUUCUUAGCAGAUUCCAGUAAUCUUAGUUGGUUGGCUGGUUUCCAUAAGUCCCUAAAAUUUGAUAGGUUGAUUAAAGUCGUUGCACUUAGAUUUGUUCUGAGCAGUGGGGUUUUUUGGUAAAAAAGGAGGCACAGGUACUCCAGCCUUGUUACAAGUGUCAUGGGUGCCAGCACAAAAUGGCUGUCAUGGGCAGCAAAACCCAAAAAAGGUGGCAGUACUCCAUGCUGAUGAGUAUGGUUGCAAAAGGAGAACUAGUUCCAAGGCUUGUUAAACAUCUGGAGAUACAAAAAGGGGUUCUCCUUGGACAAGCUUUGAGCAAGAAGUUGUAGAUAGGGGACUCCUUAUUGAGUAACCCAUAGCUUUUGGUUGCUUUCCCUAUGGGAUGAAUUCCUGGUUAGAUUCCAGUUAAGUCCUUCACCACAAGUUUCAAGAUGUUGGAAAUAAUUGCUUUGGAUCCCAAGAUAAGUUAACUCAAGGAAGUUCACAGAAGGAAAGUUUCCUGUCCCCUUUUCUCCCCUGCAAUCAGCUGCAAUCAAGGGAAGCCUCCUUGAACAAUGAGGGAUGAGGGACAGGGUCUGCUGAGAGAGGUCCGAAUUAUCCAGACUAUGCACAGGUCUGCCCAGUUUGGGGCAAUUCUCCCCUCCCCAGCAGCUCCCUGCACCGGGAAGACCAGAAGCUUUCGUUCUUCUCUGCGAACUUCAUUGAAUUAUUGGCUUGGAUCCUAAAAUAAUGGAGCUAAAUGCCCCAGUGUUCCUUAAGCAGCCUCCAUAGUAUAUGUAAAAACAGUUUCCUAGAUACACUCACGUCGGACAAAGAAAUGGAUCUCCCACUGAAAAUGCAGGCAGGCAGGGGCUAGCUCAGUACUUCAUUCCAUGGGUCAAAGUAAAUGUGGGCCACAGCUGGGGGUGCGACGAAUGGGAAGGACGCAGAAUCUGAACAUGGAAAGUAAAUGAAAGGAUGGCAACCCCUGGCCACAUUCCCAACUCUGGAAAUCCUGGCUUUCUUGACAAGGGCCUCUGUAGUGGUGUAUAUAAUGCAUCUCUGCGCAUAGAGUACACAAAGACAUGCAGUGUGUGUAUUUGUGUGUGCUUGUACGCACACAGUCCUCACAAUAUCUCCCUUCCUCCUCAACAGAACCAUCACACUCACAAACAUUUCACUUGUAAACUCAUAAUUUUCAGGCCCGCACAUUCAGUUCUGCCUUUCCCAGUUGCUAAUGUAUCCCAGUUCCCUGAUAUGCCAGCACUAAUGUUCCCACUACCUGGGAAUUCCUGCUGGCAAGCACUGAUCUUCCUGCAGAUCCUCUUCUGCUUUUGGGUAUGAAGUUGGGCACUUACUUUCUAUUACUGUUUUCACAACAUAGAGAGCCUUGUUUUUUGGAUACCAUGGUAAUUUCCACAGUGUCGCCAACAACAAGUUCUUGAGGAUCUGUGUCUUUAUCCAGAUAUUAGUCUCAGUAGUUCCUUUAAUGGCUUUAAAUAGAAAACUUGAUUUGUUGUAAAGCUUGCUCAGGAUUGAUUCUUGGUUGGCAUGGUUGCAUUUCCUUCAGAUUAUGUUUAGAUGACCUGUUGCAAUUCUUUCUGAUCCAUCAGUUUGCUGUUAUUGAAAAACUUUUUUCUCUACAGGGCCUUUCACUCGCCCACACCCUGCAAUAUGGCGUAUGGUUUUUGGUAAGUUGUUUUUAAAGAUGUGCUUUCACGCUAUUCCAGAGCAUCAAAAAAUAGUAAUUCAUUACCUGAAAAUAAUACUGUAUUUUUCCUGCCAUUCUGCUAAAAGUACACAGGGUGACAUACAGCAUAACCACAAAACCAUAUAACUUAAUCAGUGAAAAAGGAAGGAAAAGAACUUGCAAUGUUAACCAGUCCUUAACACUGAAGAAAAAGCCUAAGAGCAGCAAGAACAAAACAUGUUACACAUUAAAACCAGCAGCAGUAGAACUAAGUGGUAUGCAUUAAAUGCCUGUUGCAACAGAAGUGAUUUCAGUUUCUGGUGAAAGAGUGAGCUCAACAAAUAAAUAAUUAGGAAAACAUUCCCGAGUCAAAGAAUCACUACAGAAGAAGGCUCCCAUCUCUAGUGCUUACUCACCAAAUCUCCUGAGAUGGCACAAAGAUCAAGCCCUCUGAUGUUGAUCAGAAUUCCUGUGACUGCAAAUUUAAUUGGUAUUGCAAAGGACACUUGGUCAUGUAAAUUCAAUUUUGACUUAAUUCUAUCUGCAUGCAAAUACACUGGAGUUUUGAAAAGGGAAAUUGAGAAUGGAACAAUGGCGGGAGAGCAAGAUGCAAAUAUUCAUUGGUACCCAAUCACUUCUCCGCUCAUGGGCGGGGUAUAAAUAAUAAAUAAAUCAUCAUCAUCAUCAUGGCAGUUUCUAGUGCUCUCAAGAAUGGGGGCAGGGGUUGGAAGGUACAGCAAGUCUCCCUUCUUGCAGCAUCUUAAUGAACAUUUCACAACCAUGUUAAUAUUUAAUGUAUGGAAAGAUUUGGAGACAGUUCUCAAGUGUUCCAGAAUUGCUUUGGAAAAUGGGACUCGGCCUCCUAAGGCACUGAGCAGUAUUCUCAAAAAUGUCACCCUGUACAACUAUAAUCUGUUGGCAUGUGGAGCAGCUGUAGCUAUUAUGAUUACAGCUGAAUUUCCAACAUGAAUAGUUUGGAUGCCCUUCAAAAACCUACCCAAGGUUGCAUCUGCUUUAUGACUGAUGGAUUAAUAAACCUCUUGGCUGCCACGGGAUGCUUAAAUUCCUCUUUGAGUGUGACCUGUUUAACCAUGACGGUGGGGUUAGAAUGAAGUAACAACUUAUCAAGAACUGCGACAUUCUGGAGGGUUGUGAAUAAACUAUGGUGGAUAAGUUCUAUGAAGAAUCUGGGUUGUCCAAUACUCAUUUGUUUUGCUCCUUUUUCUGUUACAUGUGAAUGCAACAUUUCAUGUACCUCACGAGGGUGGGGGAGAUUUCCAGCGAUAUGGAAUUGUAAUUAUUAUUAUUAUUUAUUAUUUAUACCCCGCCCAUCUGGCUGGGCUUCCCCAGCCACUCUUGUAUGAGAAGAAUCUUCCGGAAGCUGCUUAAUUAUGAAUACUUCAUUCUUAUUCUUUUGUUUUGAUUUUAUUGAUCUAAAUUGUUCCAUUGGCAUUGAUAUAACAUGGUUUGUUUGUGUGAUUUUAGCUAUUGCUCUUCAAACAAACAUUUUGGACAUCUGACUUUGGUUUUCCUACAGGUUUGAGUGUUCUCUAUUUUCUGUUUCUGGCAUUCCUGCUCUUCCUUAACUUUGAGCAGGUGAAAUCCGUGAUGUACUGGCUCGAUCCUAAUCUUCGAUAUGCGACAAGGGAAGCAGACAUCAUGGUGUGUAUUGAUGGUGUUGCAAGAAAAUAUAUUUGUUCCAGAGUGGAUAUAGUGCUACCAUAUUGCUGUGUUAGAAUAGCAUGCAUUAUCCCUUUGAAAAGGGAUAGGAAUUCUCCAAUCCUCUCUGUAAGAAAGUUCAAAUAUCAUGCAAUAGUAUCAUAGUUGGAAGGGACCCCGAAUGUCAUCUAGUCCAAUCCUCUGCAAUGCAAGAAUUUCAACACGUCCCCCAUCCAGUUUGAAACCAUACUGGACUCUGCUUAGCUUUGCAAAUGGGCUAGCAGUUUUAUUGCUUCACCACUAAAAGAUACUGGAUAUGGUUGGGAGGUUGAAGCAUCUUCUCUAACAGGAAGUUUAAAGUUUUGUGGCCUUUUUAGCAGGGAUGAGGCAUAUGAGAGGGUGCAUCUUACAGACAUUUCUUUCUCCUUGCAAAAUGCAUCUCUCUUGGGGAGGAGGAUUUCUCCCCGCUUUCCAAAUUGUGAGAGAGUCGCAAAGAAAUGGCAUAACCUGUCUGCCACGUUUUUGCGCAGUGGUGUGAAUAUUCAUUUAUGAGUCUCUUCACGGCCUUCUUGGCUGCAGCUUGAGUGCAGUUUUUUGUUUGAAAAACAGCCCUUCUUCCUGAGAACAGUGACAUCAAUGUGCAGUCCGUUCGAUUUGGCUGUGUGACUAUGGGUGGUAUUGAGCGAAGUCCUACUCUGACCCAAUUUAGUCAUGUUCAUUAUUUUCAAAGGGUUUACUUUGCAUAAAAUGUAGUUGACUAUCACUCCAAGUCACCGAGGGCAAACAAAACUUGUUCAGACCAAAGGCAGUGUUUCAGCAGUGGGGUAUUUAUAGAUUUUCUGUAUUGCUGCUUGUGUGAAUAAAGCAGAGCAGGUAAAUGCAUGCUUAUUUGUAUAAUUUAUUUAGGUUGCAGAAUUUGCCCCCCUUUUUGGUUAAAGCAUAGAAUAUUCCAUAUCUGGCAGUAAUUAUCCCUAAUGAUGUAGAAAACAGAUUUUUUAUUGUGUUUCAUUCAGUCAUGUACUGUGAUGAGGACCAGUAGAAUAAUAAAAAGAAUUAGGCUGCAAUACUAUUUAGACUUAUCUGGGAGUAAGUCCAGUUGAACUCAGUGGGGAUUAAUUCUGAGUAAACAUGUGCACAUUGUUAGCCAUUCUUGAAGGAUCGGCAUGUCCAUUAUUACAAUCCAGCAUUAUAAAAGCAUGCACUUACCUUUUGUUGGGUUGUGUAUUUUAAUUAAUGGAUAUUUAUGUUUUAAUGCUUGUGCAAUUUGUUUUUAUACUGCAGCCCGCAUAGAAACCUACUUUGUCAUUAAAUGGUAUAUAAACUAAUGAUAAUACAAGGCUAAGCUAUAGCGGACCAUGAGACGAGUAAAUAACAUUCUCUGAUAUUGUAGUCUGCAGUUUUAUUUUUUCCGAAAAUGUUUCCAGAAUAGACUUGUAACUUCUGCUUCUCUCUCUCUCUCUCUCUCUCUCUCUCACACACACACACACACACACACACCUACCUUCCCCUUUCUCCAAAUCAACAACAGGAAUAUGCUGUGAACUGCCAUGUUAUUACUUGGGAGCGAAUCCUCAGCCAUUUUGACAUAUUUGCUUUUGGACAUUUCUGGGGCUGGGCAAUGAAGGCUUUGUUAAUCCGUAGCUAUGGACUGUGCUGGACUAUUAGUAUCACCUGGGAGCUAACCGAGGUAGGUUGCGUCUUCUCAGUGAAGAGUUUUUUAUAUCCUUGGGGUGGGGAAUGACUGAUGUGGCUUUCCUAGCAGUUUGUCCACAUUGCAAACAUAGCACAAGUUUAUUGCCUGCUCCUUAAAUUUGACACACAUGCUAGAUGUGAAGUUUUCCUCUUGCACACAAGUGUCUGGAAUCGCCAAAUCAGAUUUAUUUCAUGUUUAAGUCAGCCUAUCUAAAUAAGUUAUUUACUCAAUUACUUGGAAAUAUACUGGAUGAAUAUAGACUUCUGUAUUACUAUAUAGUAUGUGCAGCUUGUCUCAGUUAUGUUCCCUAAUUUAAAACCAGUAGUGUAGUACUUCCUCCUAUAAUUUCUGUCUCCUGUAAUAUUAAAUCUUCUAGUGAAAAGGCAAUAUUAGCAGCACUGAUUUUACAGUGCAAUCCUAUGCAUGUCUUCUCAGUAAGCUUUUGGAAACACACAGAGGGAAAGUGUAAUAAUGCUUUCUCACCAAGAAGUGCAAACUGAUCUAGAGCCCUCUGAAGCUGUAGGUUGAUAGACUUUGGUCAAAUUCACCUGUCGUAUGAAAAAUAUUUCCUGUAUUUUCAGCACCUGUAACGUCUCUAAAAGUCACAUUCUUAUGUUAAUGAGAUACCUUUGUCUGAAUGAAUUUCUUACCCAGAAUCUUUUUGCUGUAUUCUGUAGCUGUUCUUCAUGCACCUGCUGCCUAAUUUUGCUGAAUGCUGGUGGGAUCAAGUCAUUUUGGACAUCCUGCUAUGUAACGGGGGUGGCAUCUGGUUGGGCAUGGUAGUUUGUCGUUGGUUGGAGAUGAGGACCUAUCACUGGGCAAGCUUCAAGUAGGUCUCAAGUACAAGCAAAUAACCAUUAUAUUAACGAUACUGCAGUAUGAAAACUCUGAAAUAAAAUGUAAUGUUUGGUAGAUUGUGAAUUGUGGAGGUUGUCCCAUUGCAGGCUGCUAAAAUAUAUUCAUGCCGAUAAUUCUGAAUCCCUAAAUUGGAAAUGCUAAAUAUUUACUGGAUUGCGACAAUUUGUAAUACAGGGCUAGCCCAAAUCUAAAACCUCAUGUUAGAUUAAAUUUUGUACCCGGGAAAUCACAAGGCAUGUGGUGCUACAGACCCAGUACUCAGCUACAUUGGCAUAUGCGUUGUACAUGCAUUAUAACACUGUGACACCAGGUGGCGCUGUGGAGUUCCGUUUUUGCCAACCCGAUUCCUCAUACAAAGUUUACAAUGCGUUUAACUGGAAUGCUUCUUUGAUGUGUCUGGAUCCAGCCCCAGUGUAUUAGAGGCAGCAUGCGUCUGCAUAGCACUUGCUGGGGAACAUGUGUGUGGAGAGUGCUGUUGCAUCGCAUAGGCCUCUGGUUGACCACUGUGAAAACAGGAUGCUGGACUAGAUGGGCCUUUGGUCUCAUCCAGCAAGGCUGCUUUCAUGUUCUAUGUUCACUGUCUUGGGUUCCUAAAUUGGUAUCGGUGCUGCAAUUUAUUUUUAAAUCCAUUUCCUUGGCAACGUUGGUGGAUCAUGACAUUAUGAAUGUGUUACAAUGUUAUUUCCAUUAAUAAGCAAGUGGAGAGUCUGUAAUUGUUCAUGGUCCCUUUCACUCACAUUUGAUUUCCAUCAGCCUCUGAUUUUACCUCUCAUGGUGCAAUCCUGUGUACAUUUACCUGGAAAUAAGCCUUACUGAACACAGUGGACGUUACUUCCGAGUAAGCAUUUGUAGGAUUGCAUUGUUACUCGUGUAACCAAAAUAUAUGGUUCAACUCUCCAAAGCGACACCCAUAUAAAUAUGCAACCUACACCUUACUUCUAUUGUCUUACUAUAUUGAUAAAAUCCAAGUAAACCUCACCCAUGGUUUUUAAUAAUAUAUAGUUAAUAUUUCAGAAUUGGAGUGUGAGGGCCAAACUUCUGAAUGGUACACCAUUUCCUGACACUCCUUUUUAUAAUGCAGUAGAUGAAAACUGUAUUUUAAAGGCCUCCUAUUUCACCCGCUUGUUUUCCUCAUGAAACUUUUGCCAAGAGCAUAUUCCUAAAACGAUUUUCUUUCUGUAGACCUCUGAGAAAAGAGCCUCCAUUCUAAACUUUGAUUCUGUACUCCUUAGGAGUGGGGAUUAGGAAUGUUGUAGCUUUGCACUUAGCCAUGUGAUUCGGACCUUUAAUCUAAGCUGACCUUUCUGCAUGCCUUACAUACUUAGCGCUGCUGUUUUUGCUGAAGAUAAAGGAAAUAAAACCCACUAUCAUUGCUGACAGUACCUUAUUGGCCUGACUAUAAGCUGCACCUUUGAAAUUCAAGGCUUAUUUGCAGGUGCAGCCUGCCUCCUGGCACUACCGGUGCUGGCGCUCGGCUCUGAAUAUUAACCGUACUUUAACUUUUCAGAGUCGGAAUUUGGAAAAAAAGGUGUGGCGUAUAUUCGGGCCAAUAUGGUAAUUAAAUCCACUGGGUUUGUUGCUAGAAGCCAGCAUUCAAAGAACCCUAUGAAUGAAAGGAAAGUACCUCUAUUCAUGCACAGUUAAGUUUCCUGUUCCCCAUUAGCUGCACCUCUUACUGUUUGCCACACACCAUGGCCAGUAAUGACCAAAAUGUUAAAUAAAAGCAUAAAGUGAAAGAAAAGUAGGACUGUUUUUUCAGUUGCACCUCUCUAUCUGUGACCCAGAUAUUGUUGGACUUAGCUGGCUGUGUCUGAUGGAAACCGGAGUCCUACAAUAGACAGAGGGCCACAGGUUCCUUAUCCCUGAUACACACUCAUGGAUUCAUUUAUCCAGCUAACAGUAGAUUACACAAGAAUCUAAAUUAAUUUGAUGAUGUUUUGCUUUUACCAGAACAUUGGAAGUCACUGUCUGUGUUACUUCCAGGUUAUUAUUUUGAAAUGAGUACAACAUUAUGAUUCUUUUUUUUCUUGUUAAUUUGAUUUGUGUUCAGCUUUAGCUGUGAGGGAGAGAUUUACUCUGAACAUCAUGGGACAUGGGGCAACUCAGGAAGCUGUGAGGGGUGUUUCUAAGCUUCUUAAUCUGAUGCUUCUGAGAGCCUUACGCUUUCUUUCAUCUCAUGGGCUGCUGCCCCAGAUGGUCUCCCAACCUUCAGGAGCACUGUAAAUACCAAAAUAAAAUAAAAUUGUUUGGCUGGUUCUGGUUAGUAAAAUUUGUAGUUUUAUGCUAAUUUGCCCUUAAUUGCCCUUAAUUAGAAGCAUGAUAAUUAAAUUAUUAACAUUAAAUAGGGAGGCCUUGACUCUCAGAUCUUUCAAACACUUUUCCUCAAAAAAGUGGGUUUUUUGCUUUUUUGAAAGCUUGGUGUUUUGAUAGCACUGGAAAUUAAGGGAUGUUUCCAACUAAGUUAUUCUCCAAGCAGACUCUUAAGUUAUCCAUGUCCAUUAAUUUAAAUGGGUCUACUCUAUGACUAACAUUGGCUAUAACCCCCAAUUUUCAGCUUUGUUGCGUUUGAGGAGCAAAUCACGCAUGUGGAAAAGUUUGCUUUGAGGCAGGUUUCUUCUGAUCGCAAACGUUUGUUUGCUUAAUUACAAUAGGUCUGCUUCUUAAAUGCACCUUUCUUGUUACAAACCCCAGUAUGAUAGAGCUGUGUUAUUUUACAUCAUUUGUUACAUAGCAAUGCAAUGUUGAUUUCCUUCUUUUUUUUUUUAACUGUUGUCCUUAUCUGCUUUCAGGGACAUUCACACCACCACAGGUAAAAUCAAGAGAGCUGUGUUACAGUUCACUCCAGCAAGCUGGACCUACGUUCGCUGGUUUGAUCCCAAGUCUUCAUUUCAAAGAGUGGCCGGAGUAUACCUUUUCAUGAUUAUCUGGCAGGUAAAAACAACAACAGCAAACCUAUUGAAAAGAAAGCCCAGGAAAUCUCAGCUAGGGUUGACUGGAUCAGGCUGUUUCCUUUUUGCGUUAGUUUCACAUGUGUUCAUUCACAAAUCCAUCCCUUCUCCUUUCUGCAGCAAUGCAUUGUUGUUGUUUUUUAAAAAGAAAUCCAUAUGAAAAUAGGUAUUAGAAUUUUUAUUUCACCACUAUUCAUUAUUAUCAUUAAUUGCACUUAUUAAUUGCUUACUUAUGAACAGUAACUCAAAGCGGCUUACAAAAAAAGUAGCACAUAAAGUAAAACCAGCGUGAAACCUAAACAGUAAAAGCUAAAAAACAAAACAAAAACACCCCAUGUUUAUAAAAAGGCACUGAACGAAGCCAGAAAUAUAUUUUUUUAACUGGCCGAAUUUUAGCUGUUGGCAUGCUGGCUUAAGCUUAUGGAACUUGGAAUCUAACAAUAUUUGGAGGGUCACAAGUUCCCCAUACCUGUGUUAAGAGUGUAAGACCAAGACUGGAGAGAACCAGGUUACAAACCCCCGCUCAGCCAUGAAGCUCACUGGGUGACUCUGGAUCUGUCACUGUCUCCCAGCCCAAUCCAUUCCACAGAACUGUUAUGGAGAUAACAUAGGUGGAAAGAACUGUUUGUGCUGCCCUUAGCUUCCUUGAGGGAGUGUAGCAUAAAAAAAGUUGUAAUAAAAUUAUGUGAUAUGACAAAACUGCCUGGUACCUGACACAGAAAAUCCAGAUGUAGUCCUCAUGGUGGUAAAGAUAAGACAAAUCACUUUAAUCAUUGACAAGUGUGAUACUUUUUAUUGGUACCACAAAAUCUGCUUUCUCAUGCUAUAUAAAGGUAGGCCGGAUGCAAUAAAAGGUUACUUUUGCAAAGAAAAGUAAAUUGACUCCAUAGUUGUACACACAGAGAGAAAAAUGAAGCAGUACGUUUAUCUAGCUCCCCAACACAGGCAUUUAAAUGUAUUGAUUACUUUCCCAAAGAAUUUAAUUCUUUUUGUGGAGUUCAUAAUUUACUGUUCCUUAUGGGGACAACAAUUCUCCACAGGCCACCAGGAGUGCCAUAUGUUUAUUGUCCUGGAGCAGAACGUAAGCAGUUGCUAAGAAGUUGCAUCUGUCUUAUUUGUCUAGGAUAUCAAAUGUUUCCAGCUUAUUUUCUUCUUUCUGUUUCUUCUUCUUUUAGUUGACCGAGCUGAACACAUUUUUCUUGAAACAUAUCUUUGUUUUCCAUGCAAGUCACCCCUUAAGCUGGGGUAGGAUCCUCUUCAUUGGAAUUAUCACAGCGCCCACUGUGAGGUACAUUUUGUUCGUUUAAUCUUCCUCACUGUAAAAUUGCUGGGCAGCAGCUGGGGACCUCGAAAAGCCUAGCUCAGAGAUGGGGAGCCAGUGAGGCCCUACAGAUGUUGCUCACCAAGCCAGCUGUGGUUGGUCGGAGUUGGAAUCCAACAACAUCUGGGUGGUCACAGGUUCCUUGCCUUUGCUCCAGCCCACUUACUUUUGGAGAUUAAAAAAAACUGGUUUGGACGUAAAGCUAAACCAUAAUUUGGUGUUACACACAUGAGCAGCAACAAGCCUCGUGUCCAUGUCUUCCCUCCCGAAUGAGAGAGAGAUUGGAAACAUCUGCCUCUGCUUUUAAACUAACCAGGGUGUUCCAUUAUGUCCAAACCAGGGAACUCUGCUUAGCUUAAAACAAGCCACUGUUUGAUCUUGACUUGUUUGAAAAAGCCUCUCCUCCUUACAGAGGGGAGGAGUUGUGAGCAGGAGCCGUUUCCCACGUUGGCAGGGGGCAUUGCAGCCCCCUGCCCAGCUGGCCUGGCUGCCGCUCCACGCCCCCAGGUAGCCAACCAACCAGGUGGAGGCUUGGGGGCGGGGUUUUGCCACUCAAACGUGGCCACAGCAGCACUUCCCCUUCAUUCCGCUGCUGGUUUUUGUCGGAUCACCCACCCACCCUCCCUUUAGUUCACUGCUUGGUUCUUGACCUUGCUAUGGACCUAUGGUUGGUCGCCUUGGUUGGCCAAGGGGCCUGGUAGGAAUUUUUAUCCAACUGGCAAAUUGGCAUUGGCCACUUGGUUUUUCGCCUACCUCAUAGCAAAUCAUCACAACUUUUAGGUAUUGGCGGUUAGGCAUUGGAAUAUGUUUGUGUAUUGGAGGGUAGGGUGUGGCCAUCGCCUACCCCUCCACUUUAUGGGUAUUCCGGUAAAGGAAUCUGGCAGUCGUGGAUCCUGUCCGACGCCCUUGCUGGUGGCUAGGGCCAUGGCACGACCCCUGGUGACAUCAGGGGGAGCUUUCAGUUGUAUUUGCAUCAAGAGGCUCCUCCCAUUGGUGGUUAACCCUUGUUAGACUCACCCCUCCCCGAGGGGGUGGAGUCACGCUCUGUUGUUUUAUCCAAUGCCUAAGCCAAUACCUCUCACAUGCUGUAAUCAAUAAAGUUGUGGCCUUUUUUAGCCCAUUAACCUAAUAUACUGUGUCCAUCUGUCUUUUUUAUCCCCAAGCGGGUGGCGGGUCCUUGAAUCACAAACUUGAUCUUGACUUGUUUGAAAAAGGCCAUAGUUCAAACUAACCAGAGUCUGGAAACAAGAAGCAGCGCUUUUGAUCUCCUUCUCACAGCUUUGCCAAAGGAGAAGCGGAGAGCACACAAGCCCCAGGCUCACUGCUCCUAAGCUUUAGGGCAACCUUCCUCAACCGGGUGCUCUCUCGGGGAUUGGACUACGAGUUCCAUCAGUCUGUCAGAAUGGGCAGUGGUCAGAAGUGGUGGCACUUGUAGUCCAAAAUCCCUAGAGAGCAUCAGGUUGGGGAAACCUGGCUUGGUAUGUCCAAAAAGGACCAUAGGGCAUUCCACCCAAUUGCUCACUUAGACACUAAUACAAUUAAAUAACAACAAGCAUGUCAGGGAAUGUAAAAUCACCUGUAAAACAGCAGGUGAGAUGACAGCAAGUGUGUUAGGCAAAUGUAUAUUCCAGAUGUUCAAUAAUUCCUCGCCCCCCUGGCUACCAGCCUGAAAAGCUUUUAACACAAUUCUGUUUCCCAUUCAACAGAUUUCCAUGCAGUGCAGUUUUUUGUUGGAAGUAAAACACAUUUUUAUUCAGUGGGGCUUACUCUGGGUAAGGGUGCAAAGGAUUACAAGUCUUAGUUCCCAUUGUUCAAAAGAUUUCUGUCCUGAAUCGCUUCUUAAUUUCUAAACUCUGAUUCCUUCUUUCCUCAGUCAAAUCUCACAGGAGCUCAAUUUCAAAAGGAAAAAAGUAGGAGAAACAACUUACAAUAUUAAAAUAGAGACAGUUGGCAGAAAAUGCAGACAUGUCAAUCUAAGCUUAGGGCUGUGGCUGCUUUGUGCUCCUUUGUGUGGCUUCAUUCAGGCAAACAGACAUUCCACUGACAUGCUAGCUGACUUUUCUGCCCCCUUUCUCAUCCUCAGUUGUAUAUCCCUCUUUAUAGCUGACCAAGUUUCAGUCAUUGGUUUACAAUUGUCACAUUUACUUGAUCUCCAAGAUAGCAGUAGAGAAUUUUGAGGUAGUUCUCGAAUAUGGCUGAGCCUUUACCGUGUUCCAAGUAAUUGAGCUGCUUUCUCCAAAAAUUGAAUAUCAGCCCCCGCCCUGUUGUUUUUGAUAACUAUAACCUACAUGUGCAACUAUCUGUUCCAUUGAAAUUUUCUCCUCUGUUUUUACUUCCAGGCAAUACUAUGCUUAUCUCACAGACACACAGUGCAAAAGGGUAGGAACUCAGUGCUGGGUGUUUGGGUAAGUUUUUGUUGCAGUUGAAAACAUUGAGACUGUUGUAGUGUUGACUCAAUGAAAAGAACAACUAUGCAUCCCGAAAGCUUUUAAUUACACGCUCCGUGGGGGGUAUUUAUUUGUUGUUCUUAUUUGCUCUCUGUGUAACUCAGGGUGGCAGAUAUAGGGAUGCAAGGUAGAUUCCUAUCCUGGCACCGACCAAGCCUGCUUGACUUCAUCCAAGUUGCUGCCCCACAGCUGCAUCCCUUGGCAGCUCUGCCAGCACAUCAGCCACAUUUUGGGGGACACGAAUGCAGAGAGGAAGGCUGCUAAACAUGUAGAGGCUGUCCCGGGGACCAGGAACCCUGGCCAUUCAUGCUAGCAUUUUAGUAAUAUUUCAAUAAUGGGACGCUGGUGGCGCUGUGGGUUAAACCACAGAGCCUAGGACUUGCCGAUCAGAAGGUCAGCGGUUCGAAUCCCCGCGACGGGGUGAGCUCCCAUUGCUCGGUCCCUGCUCCUGCCCACCUAGCAGUUCAAAAGCACGUCAAAGUGCAAGUAGACAAAUAGGUACCGCUCCAGCGGGAAGGUAAACGGCGUUUCCGUGCGCUGCUCUGGUUCGCCAGAAGCUGCUUAGUCAUGCUGGCCACAUGACCCGGAAGCUGUACGCCGGCUCCCACGGCCAAUAAAGCGAGAUAAGCGCCGCAACCCCAGAGUCGGUCACGAGUGGACCUAAUGGUCAGGGGUCCCUUUACCUUUACCUUAUUUAAUAUAAAAACAUAACGUAACUCUGGGGGGGAGGCAGUCUCUCUCAAAGCUCUAUAGAUAUUAAAAUUCCCAAAGCCCUAACAGAGCUGAGCAUUCCCAGCACCCUUAAGAAACUACAGUUCCCAGAAUUCUAUGGAGGAAGUCCUGUGCUUUAAAUGUGCCUUAAAUGGACAGUGUGCACACAGACUCGGUUGGUUCUGUUUGUGGCACUCUGUAACAUGAAUUCGGGGGGGGGGGGGGAUGAGGCGGAGCAUAUUGGUGUGUGAAGAAAUCUGGUUUGGUAUGAACUAGACAACCUCCAGGCUAUUUCCAGCUUUCUGUGAUCCUCUGGAACCGAUUGUUUUCUCUCCUGCACACAACAUAAGAGAAAAGGAAACAAAUUGGUGUAGAACAUCCAAGCCUUUCAAAGGAAGGUUUUCAGCUCAUGAGGUUACAAAAAUAGCAGCGUUCAGAUCAGCAUAGUCUGCCCUUGUUAAGAAGGUCACGCUGAGCUAAUAGGCCCUGAGGGACUUCUAAACUGCUGCUUUGUGCCCUUGGCAAAUUUAAACGGGCUAAUUUAAUCAGUUGACUUGGCCAUGCCUAGGAACAUUCCCAUGUCAUCACUUACUUCAUGCCAGAUCCAUCCUCCAAGUCUCAUUCGUAAUUUUGCUCCACUUUUGGCAAAGAAGAUGAUGAAGCCUGCUUUCCUAAGUACUAUUUGUUGAACAACACCACUGGCAUUAAAAUUAAACAGAAAAGAGGAGGCAGGGGUUGCCUUCUACAAAGUUUAGUGGGCUCUCAGAGUGGAGACAUCAAAUUCUCUUCUGUUUAUUUAUUUAUUUUACUUAAAUAGCUAUUUAAACCACCUUUUUAGGGUCAUUACCUUUCCAACGCAGUCCAACAUAAUAACGAAAACCAUAUUACUAAAAUCACAUGAAAGAAACACAGCCAAAAUCAGAGCAGCAGAUAAAACAGUUAUUAAAACACAGCACCAAAAUAAAAAAUCAUCCAAACGCUGACCGGAACAGAAAAGUCUUUAUUGGCCCCAGACUCUGGGGUAUUAAGAGCUAUUACCAGCCCCUUACAUUGGACCUGGAAAUACAUAGGCAGCCAAAGUUACUAGAGCAACAUAGGUGAAAUUGAAGCGUCCAGCCCCUCGAAUUGUUUUUGCUGCUGCAUGUUGCACCGUUUGAAACUUCCAGACCGGGUAAAGCAGAAACCCCACAUACAGUGGACGCUUGUGUUGCGAAUGUGAUCUGUGCAGGAUGCACGUUUGCAACCGCAGCGUUCACAACCCACAGCGGCGCAUCUGCACGCGCGUGGGUUGCGAUUCAGUGCUUCUGCGCAUGCGCGACCCCCAAAACCCGGAAGUAACCCAUUCCAGUACUUUGGGGUUUCGGUGGGUCCAUAACCUGAAAAAACGCAACCUGAAGCGUCUAAAACCCGAGGUAUGACUGUAGAGUGUGUUACAGUAAUCCAGACUGCAUACAGCUAAUGCGCAGGGGACUGAAGCAAGGUGCGACUAAGUCAAAUGCGGGAAACAUCCAUUCUGCUGCAGGUGCCUUAGACAAAUUCUGAGCUAAGGGCUGAGAACCACCUGUGCUACAUAACUUGCUUUUACUUGGCAGUAUUCUGUGCUUAGUUUGGGCCAGCUCACUCAUUUCUAAGUUGAAAGAUAGACUGUAGUAUAUCUAGACUAAGGUUUGCUUUGUUGUCAUUUUAGAAUGCUUUGAAUGGAGCCUGAUAGUAUAUUGCUGUAGUUGUAUUCUCAGAGUUCUGUUGAAUUCAGUGGGACCUUCAGGUAGUCUAUAAGGAUUACAGCCAUAACUUUUAGAGAAGAAGUGGAAGAAAUAACUUGGCACCUGGAUUUGGGGGCAAGUCUUCCACCCGUUUCUUUAUUACUUUAACACCUUCACUGUAUGUGCCCCUUGAUAUGUUAACAGAAGGUCGGUGGGAAUGGAACAGAUCCCUACCCCAAAGGUCUAAAUUUUGGCAUUGGUAUGAGGAAGACAACAAAGGGAGGGGAGGGAAUGAAAGCAAUGUCAAAAGUUUUUUUUAAAAAAGACCAGACAAGAGGAAAGAGAAUGUAAGAAAGGUCUGAAUUAAGAGGUCUGUCUUAUUUCUAAAUAAUGGCUGUUGAAUUUCCGAAAACAUAAAGAUGCACAAGUAAGAUGCACCCGUAAAUACUUGUGCAAUGCUUAGUAGAAGUAAAUGGGACUAGAGUUCCCAUUUUUACUCUUGGCCAUAGCUCUUUGACUGCCUGGUGCUCUACGAAACAGGGGCAGGGAGUUGGAUUUUAAUCCUGCAUCAGUUCAGAUUGUCUCUUGGCUCAAGACACAAAUAAAUAUAAUCAGAGACAGUUAAUGUAACAGACAACUUACUGGUAUCUCACUGGGGUUUUGUUUUUUAAGCACGCAGUAUGCUUAAAAAAGAAAGAGAGAGAGAGAGAGAAAGAAAUGAAAUUCCAUAAUUUAAAUUCUUCAUUAAGAAAACCUGGAUUUUGAAACCCAUAUAAUCAUGCUAAUUUCUCCUGUUUUGCAUAAUUUUAUUCUGCGACUUGUACUAGAUCAUCACAGGUAGAAGCAAGGAUCUGUACAAGACCUCCAUCGCUAGAGACUUUAUUCAGAUACCCCUCUGGCUUUUGAAAUCAUCAUAAACAUGAGAAUUAGAAACCUGUUCAUUCUUUUAAAAAAUUAAAACAGGGGUAGGGAAUCUGUGGUCCUCCAAAAGUUGUUGAAGUGUUUAUUUGUUUAUUUAUUGAAUUUAUAUACUGCCUGUCAGGGAACUGCCAUCGGACGGAAGGAAGGUGAAAGGGCUCACACAGGUUGGGAGAGACGCAGCAGCUGAAGAGGGAACCAACAGGGAGGUGAAAGGGCUCACACAGGUUGGGAGAGACGCAGCAGCUGAAGAGGGAACCAGCAGGGGGAGAGGAGCUGAGCUGGAGGGAUGGCUCAGAGACACUUCCAGCGAAAACAGUGGGGAAGUUUCAGGACCUCCUGUAAGAACACCCACUCCCGCCGGAAACUGUCACGCAGAGAUUCCAGAAGACGUGUUUCCGUUAAGGAGCUUUUAUGUUGGAAGCGAUUACGAAAGCAACCACUGUCGGAAUCUGCUAGUGACUAGAGUAGCCAUGUCUGAGGGGCUCCAUCACAGACAGAGGUUUGUGGACUUGAACAAACUCUGAGGGGAUACGAUUUUACGCACAAGCAGCUCAUCAUCCCAUCACAGCAUUCCGACAGUCUUUGAAAGCAGCUUGUGCAGGAGAAGGCAUCAUGAGCAACCCAGCCGGAACCGGAGAAGCAGGAGCUGGAGCGGGUCCAAGCCUGGAAGAAAGGUACCAGAUGUUGGAGGUCCAGCUAGCGAUGCAGACGGCGAGGCUUGGAGGAGAGGAGGGCUCAGGAUGCAGACAAAAGGGGGAAAGCCACCCAGUUUGCCAGAAAGGUACCAGGAUUGGUGCAGAAGUUUGGGGGGGAGCCCAAAACUAUCAUGGUUUUCGGACAGAAAUGCAAUAUGCCCUCAAUCUGCAGUUUGAUGAAUUCCUGACGAGGAAUCACGAGUGGCUUUCGUGAUUGAGCAUCUUGAAAAGGGGGCGAGAGACUGGGUUAGACCCCUGAUGGCAGCUAAUAGUGACGUCUUAAAGGACACGAUGAAGUUCUUUCGCGCCAUGGAUCUGAUGUUUUCCAGCGAUAUUGAAAAGGGAGUGGUGCGCAGACAGUUAAUGGGUUGCAAACAGGGGAGCCGAUCUGUCCGUGAGUACUGGACUGAGUUCACCAUGCUUGUUCACAGAUUGGGGUGGGACUUAUCGGCGGAACCCAUUCAGAUGCUCUUUGAAGAAGGGCUUUCUUCGGCUGUGAAAGACGAACUUUCCCGGGCGCCCAGGGCGGAGUCUAUGGACCAGCUGACCAAAUCAGCGCUGGCCAUAGGAGCGCGCCAGGAGGCGAGAGCAUUGGAGAGGCGGGAAGGGAAAGGGGAACGUUGGAAGGAGUUCCGCAUUCCAGACAUUCCAGAGCCAACUUUCCCACCGGCAGAGCCGAUGGAAAUCGGAACAGCGGCGCGCGCGCAGUUUCAAAGCCCAGUGAGGGGGCAAAGAAGGAGGGAAAAGGCGCCCGGAAAUGCUAUCUCUGCCAACAGCCAGGUCACUUUGCCAGAGUCUGCCCCCAGAGGAAAGAAUGGCAAGGGAUGGUAGGAGCUGUGGAUGGAAGAGAGGAAAAUAUACCGGAGCAAGUAAAGCCAACGCCUGGCUGCCACUGUCAGGGCACAGCAGCCAGGCCAAAGAGCAGUGAGAGUGCCCACGCCAGAACCUCCUAAACCCGCCCUAGUGAUAGAAGUGACGCUAGAGCUGCCAAACGGACACCCUCUAAAGAUAAAGGCGCUGUUGGACUCAGGCAGCUCCUGCAAUUUCAUGAGCAAAGAGUUUGCAGCUGAACACCAGAUACAGACAAUCCUUUAAGCAGCCCCCUGCAGGUGACCACUAUCGAUGGCAGGGAGCUGUUGGGUGGAGAAGUCAGCUUGCAGACCGUCCCAAUGAUAAUGAAGGUAGCAAGGCACACCGAACUGAUAGCUUUUAAUGUGGCCACCUUGGGAGGAGCUCCCAUUAUAUUGGGGAUGAGCUGGCUAGCGUUACAUGAUCCGCUGGUGGGCUGGCAUCAGAGAGUGGUUUCUUUUGGUUCAGCACAUUGCUUAGAACACUGCAAAGAGGGAAAGGGUUUGGCAGGGGUCCAAGCCACCCUAGCAGGGACUGAAGUAACAGAGAACGUGAAGGUACCACGACAAUAUGCAGAUCUCCGUGACGUCUUCAGCGAAAGGGAAGCUGACCAACUACCCCCGCAUAGACCCUUUGACUGUCAAAUCAACUUACUCCCUGGAGCACAGCUCCCUGUAGGCAAGCUGUACGCCAUGUCAGACAGAGAGAUGCAGGAGUUAAGAGAGUUCAUUGACAAGAACCUGAAGAGAGGGUUCAUCAGAGAGUCCAGGGCGGUGGGGGGGCAGCCCAGUGUUUUUGUGGAUAAGAAAAACACGAACAAGCCGAGGCUGGUGUGUGACUUCAGGGCCUUAAAUGCAGUGUCAGAACCAGUAGCCUUCCCUAUGCCCAGGAUUGACGACAUUUUGACAAGGGUGCGGAAGGGAAAGAUUUUCACAAAGCUGGACCUAAGGGGGGCGUACAACCUGGUACGAAUAAGGAAGGGGGAUGAAUGGAAAACCACUAUGUUCACCCCUUUAGGGGCAUUUGAAUAUUUGGUUAUGCCCUUCGGCCUACAAGCAGGCUCCGCAACAUUUCAAUCGUUUAUGAACCACGUCCUGGGGCCUUUGCUUUACAAGAAUUGUGUGGCCUUUUUAGACGACGUGUUGGUGUAUUCUGAGAAUGAGGAGCAGCAUGUGAGAGACGUCAGAGAAGUGUUGAGCAGGCUGCAAGCCAACCAGCUGUGGGUGAAACUGGAGAAGUGUCAGUUUCAUACCAAGGAGGUGGAAUUCCUGGGGUAUCGCCUGUCAGACAAAGGAUUGGCCAUGGAUCCCGGCAAGGUCCAGGCGGUGCUGGAAUGGAAAACACCCAAAACAAAGAAGGAUGUGCAGAGGUUCCUAGGAUUUGGGAACUUCUAUCGUAAGUUCAUCCGAAACUUUGCCCACCUGACGGCGCCCAUUACGGACUGUCUCAGCAGUAAGAAGAAGUUCGUGUGGACUGAGGAGGCGGAGCGAGCAUUUGAGGAACUAAAAAGGGCCUUCGCCUCGGAACAACAACUCCUGCAUGUGGAUUUACAAAAACCGAUGAGAGUGGAAACUGACGCAUCAGACAGAGCGAUUGGGGCGGUGCUUCUGCAGCCAGGCAAGAAGGGGUCAGAGUGGAGACCGUGUGCCUUUUUUCGCGAAAGCUGAACAAAUCCGAGAGGAACUACACGGUGUAUGACCGAGAACUACUAGCCAUUCAUGAGGCGUUCCGGAGAUGGAGGCACCUGCUAAUUGGCGCACAACAUAAGGUGCAAGUGUGCACUGACCACAAGAACCUAGAGUAUUGGAGGACGGCACGAGUGCUCAACCAACGGCAAGUGAGAUGGGCCCAGGAGUUCUCCAAAUUUAACUUUGAGAUUAGUUACGUGCCAGGCCCAGAGAACAUUAGGGCGGACGCUCUCUCACGCAAACCUGAAUAUUUGGAGGGGAGGGGCACCCGAAGAGAGACAUGUCAUUCCAGAAGACCGCUGGGUGUGUGGGGCGGCAUUGGUGGGACAAAGAGAACUGGUAGAGGAAACAGAGAAUGAUGAAUACGCCCAGAAUAAGCUCAGAGGUCUUAGGGGUGAUGGAGAGGAACCAGGGGUUUUGAGGAAAGAAAUGGAGCUUUGUAUUACAAAGGGGCACUGUAUAUCCCUGAAGGAGAGUUAAGGGGAGGGUACUCAAGCAGUUGCACGACAGCCCUACGGCGGGCAUUUUGGACAACACAAAACCAUGUGGUUGGUCACCAGGGAAUUUUGGUGGCCUAAGGUGAGGGAAGAUGUACGUGAGUAUGUAAGAGGGUGCGAGCAAUGCCAGCGAGCCAAAGGGGAAAGGCGGGCGCCGGCGGGGCUAUUAGAACCCUUACCAACCCCAGAACGACCUUGGGAGGCAGUGUCGAUAGAUUUUAUGACUGAUCUGCCGAAGUCCAAAGGGAAAACAGCCAUCAUGGUGGUGGUAGACCUACUAACAAAGAUGUGCCACUUUGUAGCUUGCUCGCAUGCAGUCACGGCGGAAGAGACAGCGAAGUUAUUUGUAGAAAACAUUUUUAGGUUGCACGGGGUGCCAUUGAGGGUGGUCUCAGACCGAGGAAAACAAUUUACUUCCAGGUUCUGGAGGAAGCUCAUGAGCUUACUGCAGGUGGAGGUCAAUUCUUCGACUGCCCGGCACCCUGAAACCAACGGGCAGGCGGAAAGAGCAAACGGUGUCCUCCAGCAAUACCUGAGGUGUUAUGUCAAUGACAGAGAGAAUGACUGGGUAGAAAAGUUGGCGCUGGCGGAAUUGGCCUACAACAAUGCCGAGAAUGUGUCCACAGGGAUGAGCCCCUUCUUGGCUAAUUAUGGGUGUCAUCCCAGGGCUUUCCCAGGGGGAGGGGGAGAGAUGGAGCGUCCCGGCAGCCGAGCAUUUUGUGGAAGAAAUGGAAGCAAUCCAUCGUCAGCUCCAACUCAACUUAGAAAGGGCGAAGGAAGAAUACAAGAGGCAGGCAGACAAGAACCGAAGGGAAGGUGAAACCAUAAGGGUGGGAGAUAGGGUGUGGCUGUCAACCCAAGGGCUGCCGCUCAAAGGAGGUUGUAAGAAAUUAAGACCCAGGAGGUUGGGUCCCUUUGAGGUCAUUCAACAGGUCAACCCAGUGGCUUUCAGGCUCCGGUUACCCAACCACAUGAAACUGCACCCAGUAUUUCACAGGUCGUUACUGUCACCGUACGAAGGGGGACGAGAAGGGCUGGCCCCUCGGGGACCGGUCGUAGAAGAAAGAGAAUGCAGCAGCCAUGUGGCAGAAAUCCUCGACGCCAGGUGGAAGGGGGAUCAGGUGGAGUAUUUGGUAGCGUGGGAAGGAGAACCGGAGUCAGAAAACACUUGGGUAAUGGCUGAAGAUAUCAAUGACGAGGUAUUGAUAGAAACGUUCCAUCAAAGGUUCCCAAGGAAACCUCAGCCUGUGGAGAGGUUCCGGAGGGAAUACUUUGGGACCACUGAUGAAGGGGAGGAGUUGGAAGGAUUCCCGGACUCGGAAGGGGAAGGGGAGAUGGACUCUGAGGAGGAGGUGUACUUCGAGACCAGGAACCGCAACAGGUUGAGAGAAGUGUUCGAGACAUCGGAAGAUGAAGGAAGUUCAUUCCGGGUUUUGCCUCCUCACCGCCCGUAGAGGAGGGGGCGAGAGGGGGUGAAGGGGGCCCUGGAGGGGAGGUGGAUGUCAGGGAACUGCCAUCGGACGGAAGGGAGGUGAAAGGGCUCACACAGGUUGGGAGAGACGCAGCAGCUGAAGAGGGAACCAACAGGGAGGUGAAAGGGCUCACACAGGUUGGGAGAGACGCAGCAGCUGAAGAGGGAACCAGCAGGGGAGAGGAGCUGAGCUGGAGGGAUGGCUCAGAGACACUUCCAGCGAAAACAGUGGGGAAGUUUCAGGACCUCCUGUAAGAACACCCACUCCUCGCCGGAAACUGUCACGCAGAGAUUCCAGAAGACGUGUUUCCGUUAAGGAGCUUUUAUGUUGGAAGCGAUUACGAAAGCAACCACUGUCGGAAUCUGCUAGUGACUAGAGUAGCCAUGUCUGAGGGGCUCCGUCACAGACAGAGGUUUGUGGACUUGAACAAACUCUGAGGGGAUACGAUUUUACGCACAAGCAGCUCAUCAUCCCAUCACACUGCCCUAUACCUGGAGUUCUUCCAUCCCCCAGACCAGUGGCAGCGCUAACUGGAGCCACAGGUUCUCCAUCCCUAUUAUAAUGGGGGAUAAAAGGUAAAGGUAAAGGGACCCUUGACCAUUAGGUCCAGUCACAGACGACUCUGGGGUUGCGGCGCUCAUCUCGCUCUAUAGGCCGAGGGACCCGGCAUUUGUCCGCAGACAGCUUCCGGGUCAUGUGGCCAGCAUGACUAAGCCACUUCUGGCGAACCAGAGCAGUGCAUGGAAACGCUGUUUACCUUCCCCCCGGAGCGGUACCUAUUUAUCUACUUGCACUUCGACAUGCUUUCGAACUGCUAGGUUGGCAGGAGCAGGGACCAAGCAAUGGGAGCUCACCCCGUCGUGGGGAUUCGAACCACUGACCUUCUGAUCAGCAAGCCCUAGACUCUGUGGUUUAGACCACAGUGCCACCCACGUCCCAUAUAAUGGGGCAUACUAGGAAUUAAACCUAGGACUCCCUGCAUGCAUAGCAUGUGCUCUACCACUGAACUGUGAUGCCACCAGAUACCACUUUUAUUGACUUGACAGAAGCUAGUCUCUUCUCUCAUGGCAUGUUCACACAUCCACAACAUACUAUUUAUGUUGCCACCCGCCUGCUGAUAAUACAGAAAUGGAGGCACAUGUAAUGCAAAUUACCAUUCUAGCCCAUGUAUAUUUUUUACAUUUGCAUUACAAAGCAGUUCUGACAAAGAUAUAAAAAUGCUCUAAGGGGUUGUUUAUUAAGGGGAGCAAAGUUGUAACAAAAAAAAUGGAAGGAGUUUUUGUUAAAGGGGGAUGGAGCCUGACCCAAGGUAGAGGAUUUUAAAGGCUUUCAAAAGUGAGCUCUUUUAUGGAUGGCCCUCAAAGCUUAUUUAGCCCCCCAUAGCAUGAGAGCAAUUUAUAAACUAGCUCACAAAAUCAUGCAAACACCCCCGCCCCCCACUGAAGAUAUCAAAGCAUGCUCUUAAAUUAAAAACAGCCUGUAUUUCUUUUGUCAUUCCCUCAGAGUUAUUGGUUUCCUGGAAGCUAUUGUGUGCAUCAAAUUUGGUCAAGACCUCUUCUCCAAAACACAGAUAUUAUAUGUUGUGUUUUGGCUCCUUUGUGUGGUAAGUGGCUCUUUAUUUUGCUCCUUAAGUCUUCCUCUUUGAUACGGCAACCAUGUUAGUUGCCAUGUCUCUUUGGUCAUUGGCUAAAUGUAAGCCGGAAUCUACCCAUUAACACAACUUUGUGACCAGCGCUGCAAUGUUUAACCUAGACAAAUUGCUUAAAAAUAAUAAUUGAAGUGGCGGAUUCUUCCACCAAGAAAUCUAUCCCCGGCUGGUGCUCUGCUGGCGUAGUGAAGUUUCUGCCAAAUUCUAUAGCCAGGGAUGGAUUUUUCCCCCCUACGUCAAUGGUGUGUGGGGCCAGAGGAAAAAUGGACAGAUCAUUCAGUGUAAAUUUUACCAUUACCCAGUAAGCUCUAUCCUCUCUAUCCUCCAUCCAGACAAGAAAAAAAGCAUUCACAGAUUAGAGUACAUAUUCCAGCCAGGCCAAAACCCUGAAGGGUGGUGUACAAAGCAGGACUGGGGAGAGGUGUGUCGCUUGAGGAGAGUCCCAAAGGCCAGCCAGGGAGGCCUGGAGAAGUUCCUCCUUUACCUCGCAGGCCAGAGAUUCCUAAUAUUUGCUAUAGCCUCUUAAGCAAGAAUUCAACCCUAAAAUUCAUAUACAUAGUUGCGUUUUGUUUUGUUUUUUUAAAUUGGGUGAUAGCCCUGCUUGUUCAUAGCGGUGGUGUAAAAUAAAAAUGUUUGUAGUAUAAAUAGGUACUUAUGUAUACACUAGGAAGAGAGGCUCAGUGUUCAUCAACAUUGUUCACCUCCAGCAAUGCAUUGUAAGUCAUCCUGAGGCAACUUGUUGAAAGAUGGGGUGUGAUGCCCUGAAAUAAUAAAGGAAUUAAUGUAGAAGCUGGUAGGUUUUGACUCUUCUCCCUCCUUUUCAUUCCUUUUCCCAAUGUUGUAGGCCGUUACUACUUUCCUUUGUUUAUAUGGAAUGGUUUGGUAUGCGGACCACUACGGACAGCGAGAAAAGGUAAUGCUUAACUGGGCACAAGGCACAUUUUGAAAGACGCUUGUGUGGAAGCCAUGUUAAAAGUCUAUUUUGCCGAAGCUUGGGGAGGGUAAGGUGUCAAGAUUCUAAGGUCUGUUCUUGGAUAUAGAGAAGAAAUUACCCCCAAAAAAGCAUUUUAUUAUAAGAGCAUUGAUUUUGGUUAUUUCUAACGGAUUGGGUCCGGAUUUUGCCUUCUGCAGACUGAAAGAGUCCUUCAGUCUUUAGAAGGCUUUUGGUCCAGUGGACUCAGGAUGCUGAACUCAGUGGUCCUUUUGGCGUGAUGCAGCAGAGUUCUUGAGCUCUGAAUUGUAGACCUAGCCAGUCUUAUUACUCUCCCAAAGAAUAGUAACUUGAUCUUGCAACACCUUCCCUCCUCACUAAACGGGUGCUCUUGCCUCAUGAUUUCGUGCACCUCAAUAAAUCCUAUGCCACAUAGAUGUGGGGUGGGUGCUCUGUUACCAAAAAGGAUGGAAAUGAUCCCUUCUAUCAUAUGCCUGCUGACAUGGUAUUGAGCACCAUGUAAAUGGGGAAAACAUAGCGUUUGUUCAUGCAUAAAUUUAAGAAGCCCACUCUUUGCAGGAAGACUUGCAUUGCUUAAGCAGAAGUCAAACCCAACGAACUCCCUACUGUGUAGUCAUCCCUAUCAUUCCAGUCUUACAGCUGGAAAAGCAAUUUUUAAAAUUGUCAUUGCACCUGGGCGGAAGGGCAGAUGGGAAUGCCAAGCACAAGGAGGAGGUUUGGGUUACAUAACAAAGCGCAGGGGACAUGAUUAAGCCUUUACUCUCCCCUCCUAGCUGUUAGACCUGUAUAGCCCGGUGUGUACGUUAGGAAGAAGGCGCGAGAAAAAUGCACUGUGUAUAGUGUUUGACCAGUCAUCUCUGCAGUUUUCAGAAAGCACGUUCAAUAGAGUUUGGAGGCAAUAAGCGUAGAUGAUUGCAAAGGUGGAAACCCCACGAUGAUCCUCUUUGUCUCCACAGACGCUGUCAGAAAGUGAAGACAGCUCAUACAUCCCAGAUGCUUCCUGGCUUAACUCUAAGUUUACUAGAGGUACUGGUGGUUUGUAUGGUACAUUCUGUCCCAGCCAAAUAGUCCUUGGAGAUAUAUGGGUGUGGGUGUCCACUCUCUCUCACACACAGACAUACAAACGUCCCCUUCCCCACCCACCCUAAUCGUUUCCUUUUCAGCAGCUUUCUUGGCUGAAUUCCCAAGUUGGUUUUUUAAUGGCCCUCAGAUAGAUAGAUAGAUAGAUAGAUAGAUAGAUAAAUAGAUAGAUUUAGUUUAAUAGACCACCUUUCAGCAGCAUGCCAGUACACAAUAAAGACAAUGCCUAGAAAAAUGGGCACCCCAUGUGGCGUGAAGCAGCAACUGGGCUUUGUAGGUCUAGCGUUAGCCUCAAGAUUCCAGGGCACUUAGUUCUAGGGCACUGAAGAUUCUGGGGCACUCAGUGCUUUUUGUAGCCUUCUCCCUGGUUCUAGGGUAAGUAGGUGGCCUUUCCAGCCUACAAGGGCCAAGGAGCUGUGACGGGAGGCUUCACCACAGCAAGGACAGGCCUCGUCACCAUGGCGCCACUGAUGACUGUGGCAGCGAGGGAGGGGUCACGCGCCAGAGAUGCUCUGAGGGCGUCCGCCCUUAUACUAACGCCUGCACUUAUAAGCCAACUCAAAGACACGCAGGCAAAGGAUCGUGAACGAUGGCCUUGUGUUUAACAUUAGAAAUAAUUCACGCUGGAAAUGGUGGCUUGAAAGAGAAUAGAUGAACAAAGGGAACAUCACACUUGCCUUGAGUCUGCAUUGAUCUCUUAAUGCCUGCUUAUGCAUUGAGGCUUGCUCUCUCUUCUGAAUCAGAGGGAUGGCGUACCUGUGGCGCUCCACUUGUUGGACGGCUCCAGCCAUUGUGGUCCACGGUGAGGGACAAUGAAAGUUGUAGUCCUCUGAGGGCUCACACGACCCCCAUCCCAGCUGUAUUGUUAAAUUGGCUGGGAUCGAAGGAGCUUCUUCAGAUGCUCUCCAACGUUCAUGCCCAAUGGAAGUUUGUCUUUCUUCUUUGAAGAAAUACGUCCUCAUCCCAUUUUGUGAGUUGGGAUGCUACAGGGUAGGGCUGCCAUUUGAGAAACCCAAGUUCAAGCCCUCUUUGGUAUGCAGAUCCAUUUGUCUGGUUCCUUGGAUCUAGGCCCCUCCAUCCUUAUGUCAAUAUGGAGUGGGGGAUGAAACAAAAUUACUGUUAAGCAUUUUAAUAGCCCACGCUUUAUAUAGCGGUUGUUCUUUGUCAUGAAUUGAAAUUUUAGUGUAAAUGAAACACUUGUUUCUAUAUACAUAUAAAGAGAGAACUUUUAUUAACACAGAUUUUUUCCUUCUGAUUUUCAACAUGCUUUUUAAAGCUCUAUGUAAUUUUUUUUAUAUAAUCGUGUUUCUUCUACGUUAUAUGAAAACACAUUUUUCUGUAAUAUGAUCUCUUAAUACAAUUUCCUAGCAAUUCCUUUCCCCCAUCUUUUAAAAACUUUCUUGAAAUCUAUAAAAAUUCUAAACAAAAUAAAUUUUUCUUACAAAAUAUUACAGUGCUGAAAACAUUUUUUUUUCUUUAUAUUUUUCAGCUUUAGUGGCAUAUUCCAUUUUGGCAAGUGGUUAUAUAAAUUAAUAAAUGAUGAUAAUUGGUACAUUUUAUUUAGGUUUUUGAAACCUACCAGCAUGUUUCUUUCUUGUGUUUAGUUGUUAAGGGGAUCGAAUUAAAAUGGUCUAAAACUGAAUCGUACAUGCUAACGGGCAUCUCAGUUCUCUGACUCGCAGCUGAAGUAGCACCACUGACACAAAAGGGGCAGAUUUGGGGGAACCACAAAGUUUGCAAAAGUUCAAGAAAUAUUUUUGAGGUGUGAGGGAACUCUAAAGAGGAGAAGCUCUCCCAAAAGCAGCCCAGUGAGGGCUGAACAUGCUUAGUGGCCACAGAAUGCUUUUCCUUUUCUCUCCCUCUCCUCCCGCCAUUUAAAAAAAUGUCUUUGUGCCCCAAAUACUGUUCUGACGCCCCAUCCAAGGUAUAUUAAACAUGUUGCCUGGAUGUUGGGGAUAAGUUUUUUUGUUGAGUUUCUUUCCUUUUCCACUUUUGGCUCCAGUGUUCCUUUUCCUUGUUCCCUAAUUUUUCCAGCAUCAUCUGUGUUAAAUUGUGUUGUCUUAUCUUUUACACUUUUCUGUCCGAUAAUGCCACCAUCUACUUCUUCCUUGUUUUCCGUUGCCAUUCUUUAAUCUUAAUAAAUGGUUGGAUUAAACUAACAGACCCUCACUUGCAGAAGCUUGCUCAAGGAAUUCUGCUGGUGCAGCGGGGCUCCCCUUCCUCUCCUUCACCCCCCCCCAAAAAAAUUGGCUUUGGGGCUGUUAGAAGAAUCUCCAGAACAGUGUGCAGGGAGGAGUGGGGAAAUUGCUCUUGCCGCUGGAGCAAUUUUAGCUCUGCGGUUGAAUUCCUCCCAAAGCUUCUAAAUGUUAAAGCUUCUAAAUUUGGAAUCUGGGGUUUGAUCGGCUGCUUUGGCAGCCCAAGGCGAAAGUCUCACCUUCAGAACUGGCCGCCUCCUUAUGCUACACACUGCAAGGUGACAAAAAAAAAAGCAAAAAAGCACACGGGUUGAAUGCUGUCAUGUGUUGAGAAAGAGGUCCCAGCUGAUUGUCAUCCCUGUCCUGAUCUGACAUCCAUGCAGCCGCUUCUCACCCAAGAGAAGUGGCCAAAGAAACUGUGGCCUCAUGGCGACCAGACUUCUCCAUUCAGGGGUCCAGGUAGGCACGGUCAACUGCAUGACGAAUGUGUCCUGUUAGUGUGCUUCCCUUUGCAUCUGUGGAUAAAUGUGGAAUCACACAGCUAGAUUUCUAUAGCUUGAUGCCCCUGCAGAGAAGCUCACUGCAGUUCCUGGGGGUUGGCUGAGUAAAGAGUUUGCUCUGCUUGCUUUCUUCUCAACCUUUCUCUUUAUCUCUUCCCCAUCCCACCAACAGCAGUGUCCCAUCUGCUUACAGUUGUGCACUGCUCUCAUCUCCUACCCCUCACUCUUGAGGAUCCUCAGAGUUCACAUGCAUACCCACUAGAUUUUCAUAGGGUUUGGGAAGCAGAGUAUGGAGACCAGGAUCUCACCCACAGCUUCUGCCUUGCAAACCUAUAGAUCGUUGCUUCCCAAACUGGGGUCUCCACCUGUUUUUGGACUACAACUCCCACCAUCCCUAGCUAGCAAGACCAGUGGGCAGGGGAAAUGGGAACUGAAGUCCAAAAAAAUUGGGAUACCAAAGUUUGUGAAACACUGGUCUAUAGAGUUAUUCUGCCCCUGAGUCCUGCUCCAGCACCUAGUGUUUCCAUGUGCUAGCUAGCUUAAUAACAAGACUGAAGAAAGAGUUGAGACAGCUGUAUUACAUUGUAGGUAAACGGUGAUCUUAACAGGUGAUAUAAUUUGGGGGACAUAAUUUGGGAGUUAAGCCACUAGAUGGCAUACUGGUUUCAACUAAAAUGACUCAGUAUGCAUUAAUAAAUCCAGAGAUUUACAUGUGCCGGUAAGAAAAGAUGUUCUUUAAAAUAACCACAUCUCACCUGUGUGUGUGUGUGUGUGUGUGUGUGUGUGUGUGACUUGCUUGUUAGGAACGGAAGACAGUCCGCCCAAGCACUCGAGCAACAGCGAGAGCCAUUCAUCUAGGAGGAGGAAUCGCCAUUCGAAAACAAAAGUAACCAAUGGAAUUGGCAAGAGAUAGAGAGACAGACAAGAGAGGAGGAGAAAGAGAGAGAAUCAGUUUCUAGAUUUGUUCCAGAAGUGUGCCUCUGAGAGCAAAGAAGCAAAACUGGGCCUGGUUCUGAACUCCCUGCUUGAAGGUCGACAAGAGAAUAGGCGGAGGAGACAGGGGGACAACAUCUUCAGCAACCAGAGUCCUUGGACCUUGUUAACAUGGAGCUCACCCAUGUAUCGCAAAUCAUUCGCUGCCGUCACUUGCCAUCCAUUGGCUCAGAUCUUCUGCACUUGACACUCAAAACCGUAGUAAUAUGUUUAAAGGCAAAAUAGUUGCUUGUUCCUGAAGGGUUCCUGUGAUAGUCUUUGUUCAAGUAGUGUGUGGAUGCCUUCUGAAGGCCUUUCUUUAAUUGAGGACGAUAACUCCAAGUUAACUGGCAACCAGUUGUUGUUUUUUGUUCGUUUUUCAGUUGUUGGCUUUUUACAUCCUUGUUCGUUUUCAACAGAACCUUUUUGACUGAAAGAUGCUCUGCCUUUGUUCUCAAUCUGACACCUAAGCUUUUCUGUGCUGUUAGAUUUUUUUCAGGAAAUCAACAGUUCCAUAUUUCAGUCAGCAGGGUGCUAAGUAUUAGAAAAUACGUUCAUGAUUUUUGUUCAGGUCAUUUUUAUAAUUUUGUAACCCUGCUAAACGUUCAUUGUGUUCAUGACAUUCUGUUACACAAUCAGGGCUGUGCCGGCCCUUGGCAAGAAGACAAGCCCAGAGCCAUUGGCACAUACACACACAUACAUAUAUUUAUAUAUUGUUUAUUUUCUAACAUCUCCAGUUUCCUGUAUGUUUAUCAUCACUUCAGUUACACCGUUCUUUUCUCUUUAAAGGCCUAAGCUCCCAACAGCAGCAAAAUGAUCCAAAUUAUAAACCAAAAUUCAUGCUUAAAGCUUUGCAAAUCUCUGCCUGGCCUAAGCAGCUUACCCAUGGGUGAUACAAUGUUCUUUGUAUUAUUGUGGUGUAACAUUAAAAACCCCCACUUUUAUACAAACUAACUCCACUUCUUCCAGGGGCCAGUUUUACAGAAUGCUUCAGCAGUUUUUAUUCCCUGGUGUUUUUUUUUUAAAUUCCCCCACCCAUUGGAAAAUUGGUCUCACUGCAUCAUUCCCAAGAAAUGAAAUAAUUAUAAUAAUGAAGUAUUGAACCCCCAAAUCUUAAACUGUUGGGAUUAGGCCAGUUUUGCAUAGAUUCUGCUUUCUGUGUUUAGUUGGUCUUGAUUUGUGUGUGCCAAUCAAGUUGUGGGGCUACUUACUCCAAAAGACAUGGCUAAGGUGACCGGUUAAGUGAGAACCCACAUCCUUUCCCUCGCGCUUCAGCUGGGAAGAGCUGCUUGCAGUGAUAAUGUCAUGGGAUAUGCACUGCAAGAUAUGAAGCAUUGUAAAGAACUUCAGCGUACAAGCAAAGUGACUGUAAAUAGAAAAAAGACCACCAUAAUCCAUGACUUCUUAUGUGCCACAAAGGAUCAGCUUUUUGAAUGCGCUCACUAUGCAGCUGCUAAUCCAUGGAAAGCUCUGUUUUUCUUUUCAAUCAUGAAUGUGCAAACUCUUGCAUCAAAAGCUGCUAUAUCCUAUUUGCUGCAACUGUGCUAAAUGUUACCGGCCUGGGGAAAAUAUACAUGUCUGGAACUUUCCCCAUUGACAAAUGUUGGGUUUCUUGAUCAUAUUUUGAAAUAUGUGUACUUUUACAUCUGUGUAUUCUUAGCAUGCUGCAUAAUUUCCAAAUGGGUUGGUUUUUUGGUUUUGUUUUGGUUGAUGCUCAAGGUCACUUAGUUUUCUGUCUUAAUCCCUUUAGAGUCAGUUACUCAAGAGAGACCAAUGUGUAUGUGUGUGUUUUUCUAUUUAUGCAAGACCAAAGUCAGAAAAUGUUAGGGCUCUUCCGAAUGAACAUUUCACACUGUUCAGUUUAGUGUUAAUAAUGCCCAUUCUUCCAAAGAGCCUGUCCUGUUUUGCAGAGCCUGCAACACAUAGAAAUAUGACUGCUGGAGUCAGUAAUAAAAUUCCCACUCACACUGGUAGAGAUGUGGCCCUGGUUAUAAUACAGUGCUGCCAAAAGCCAUGUUUGUCAGCUGAAACUAGUGCUCACAUGCACAGUUAAUUAUAUGCAUAGAUAGAGCGCACAUGCAGAUCUUUGGCAAAAUCAGUGUUAAUAUUUUACUGUGGCUGGAAGACAAUGCACCUUGUGUUCACUGGGGCUUUUCAGCCUCUCUCUUCCAGCAGUAACUCCCUGACACACCCUUAGCACCCCCCCCUUCCCGAAAUGCUGGUCCGAAAGGUGCAGGGACCAUGUGAAGUAGCAUCCCGUGGAGGCUGGACUGCUGCUGGAAGGGGAAGCCAACAUUAUCAACAUAAUCUGUGUGCACACAGAUGUACUUUAGACACACACUUUGAAUCCUGGGCUGUGUACUUUUUCCAUUGAGGAAUUUAAAAAUACCUUGCAUGAGUGAACUCAGAAGGUGGACAGUCUUUAAUCCCCAUAGAAAGGAAAGCAUCCUAUAGGAAUGUUUCCAUAUUGCUAAAUAUCAGCUAUGUAAAAGUCUUCAAGUAUUGCGUGAAAUGCGGGAUUUUCUGUAGAGCCAUUGCUUAUCCUAUCUCAAAGUGGCACGUACACGCUCAGUUCAGAGUGACGUGUGUGCUCUAUGCUUUCUAUGGAAAUGGAACCUGGACCACUAGAAAAAUGCAGGUUUUGGUCAGGUCCCAAUAUGCGAUGUGGUCAGACUCAAAUGUUUUGUCCCAUAACCACUGAGCUCCACACCGGGGCUGUAGCACUCUCACCCUUGAGUUGGGAAUUCUGGAAGGAAUGUAUUUGCUCCCAUUUAUAUGCUUUGAAACUUGCUUUCUGCCUUCUUCAUGUCCCCCUCAUCCCACCUUUCUCACUCCCCCAGUUGUGUACACUCCAGUUUGUGGUGGCUGUUUUUAAAUUAAUCAUUUACUGUGUGCUUAUUGAAAAAAGAGAUAGGUUGACCUGGUUCUGCUGGAGACUGUGCUGUAUUAUCAGUCAAUGAUGGGGGAGCCCUAACCUUCUGUGGCACAGCCCAAACAGUGGCAACCGGUUUAUAGCAUUUGCAAAAAAAGCUCUGAUGCGAAGAAGCUUAUACAUAUAUACACACACACACACACACACUCGAGGCCAAGAGUACAGAAAAGUUACCCACCCAAAGUAAAUCUAUUGCUAGCUGCCAGUAUUAAACCUGGGUGGAGCACUGUUAUGUAUAAAAAGACAGUAUCUAAUGAACACAUGGAAUCUGGUUUCAACUCUGCUUUUGGUUACUCGCCUGUGAAAAAUAAAGCCCCAAAUACCUGGGAUUAAUUUGGUGGUGG